ACAUGGACUGACCACCACGCUUUUUAAUCUAAUAAUUUACAUUAAUGGUUCGGUUUUACAGACAUUGUAAAUAUUGUAAAAUAUACAUAUAUUAAUCUGGCAAUAUGAAUGUGUAUGUGUGUAUUUUAUUGUGUAUUUAUGUGCAAUUUUAUACCGUAAGUGGUGCAGUAUUACCAGAUUUAUAUCGAUUGGAUAUAAUACAUUACAAUGAUUUCCAUGAUAGGUUCGAAGAGACUUCAAUACCGUAUCCAGUAUGUAAAUCAAAUGAUACAAACUGCGUCGGUGGUUUUCCUCGAUUGUACCAAGAAAUACAGACGUUACUGAAAGAAAAACCUGGAGCUUUACUGUUGAAUGCAGGGGAUACAUUUCAAGGGACAUACUGGUAUACACUAUUCAAAUGGAACGUGACUCAAAAGUUUAUAAAUUUGCUACCAAAUGAUGCACACGCAAUAGGUAACCAUGAGUUUGACGACGGAGUAGCGGGUCUAGCACCUUACCUUAAGGCACUUCAAGCCCCGGUACUGGCUGCUAAUAUCGACACUACUAAUGAACCAUUACUUAAUGACUUGUAUCAGUCACAUGUGGUGUUAGAACGGAAGGGAAGGAAAAUAGGAAUUAUUGGAUUAAUAACAACAGAAACUGCGACGUCAUCGAAUUCCCAGAAAGUGAUAUUUUUGGACCCAAUAGAAACUGUUAAAAAAGAAUCACAAGCGUUGACAGAGAAAGGAAUUGAUAUUAUUAUUGUUCUAUCGCAUUGUGGCCUAGAGGUUGAUAAGAAAAUAGCAAGCGAAGUUGGCGAAAAUAUAGACAUAAUAAUAGGAGGACACUCGCAUAGUUUGCUUUGGAAUGGUGAACCCCCAAGCAAGGAAGAAACUUCAGGCCCUUAUCCUAUUAUCAUAAUACCCAAGUCAAGUCCGGGACAUAAGGUUUUGAUAGCCACAGCGUCAGCAUUCACCAAAUAUGUGGGGAAUAUCACGACAUACUUCGAUGUGUCCGGUGAUUUGCAGACGUAUGACGGAACUCCGGUAUUCCUGAACCGAUCGAUCCCGGAAGAUCCUACUAUUAAAGAACUUAUGAAACCAUAUAAAGAAAAACUUGACUCAAUAGUCCACGAAGUGGUAGGAUUCGUUGAUGAUGAUUUGUUAGCAAAAACUUGCGGUGAACAAGAAUGCGCUUUGGGAGACCUGAUCGCUGAUGCCUUUAAGGAUGCGACUAAACAAUUAAACGUGUCGAGUCUUCCUCAUGUCGUUUUUCUUCUAAGGAACAUGAUUCGUGGCUCAAUAGGAAGUGGCAAUAUUACUAGGGGCGCAAUUAUAAAUACUUUACCGUUCACCAAUGAAGUUGUGACGUUUAGACUACUGGGAAAGUAUCUGGUACAAGCUUUGGAACGCUGUCUUAAGAACUAUUGGGUAUUCAAACCUUUUAAUGGACCGUGGAUGCCGCAAGUUGCUGGUAUGCAAAUAACAUUCAAUACCACAGAAGGUCGAGUACUCUCGGCGUUUGUGAAACAAGGUGAAGAUUUUGAAUCUAUAGAUGCCGAAAAGGAAUAUCAAGUGACAACCGUGAAUUUCCUUUUGAAUGGAGGAAACGGUUUUGUGAUGCUGAAAGACUAUGGACAGAAUAAAUUGCACGUCGGUCAAGAUGCACAUCUGGUGGAGAAUUAUAUAAAGAAAAUAUCACCCAUUACACUAACUGUCGAUAAUAGAAUAACUGUGAUUAACUGAUCUGAGAAUUAACUGUGAUUUUUGUAUUUUUUAUAAUCUCAAAUAUAUUGACUUUGAC